UAAACUAUGAAAAUGAGGAAAAACCGCACGUAAACGUUAUGCGUAAUUUUUGUAUAGCGGGGAUGUUUUUGUAAGGUCUGAUGGAUUGUAAUUACACGGUUUUACUUUUGUAAAAUACUCCAAUCACAGGCGAUCAGUUGUUUUUAUUCGCAACUGCACUAAAGCUGAACAGAAUUAUUGCGUUUUAAACUUAUUUGUGAAAUAAAGGUAAAUGUGGAAACAGUAAUUUCAAUAUAUACGUGUUAUAAUUGAAUAUGAUUUAAAAUAUGGAGUUUUAAAAAUAUUUCUGGUAAAUGAUUUUCCUACAUCAAACGUUUUAAAAAUCGGAUAUCACUGAAAGCGGGAAUACAGCAAAAUGGAGACCGGCAAAAUAUCCGGUAUAUUUAUUCUUUUUGGAUUAUCGUUUCUAAGUGGAACCUUGUCCAUUCUGACAGUGAAAUGUCUGAUCAGCAAGUUCGGCUCCAGCUCCAAGUUAAAGAGAGCCAUCUCUCUUUUGAACUGUUUCUCCGGGGGAGUGUUCUUUGCUACAUCCAUUCUUGAUCUUUUACCGGAAGCCCGGGAGAGUAUGGAGGAAGCCAUUAAACAUUAUGACUUUCACACACACUAUCCAUUGUCCGAACUCCUCUUGUGCAUUGGCUUUUUCCUUAUCCUGACGGUUGAACACUUUGCUCACAUGUUCUGUGCACCCAGAAACAAAGUUGAACAUCUGAAGGAGAAGAAAGGUGAAGAUGUUAACGAUUUAAAGUCAGUCUCGAAAGAAAACCCCACUUCAAAUAGGAAGAAAGAUGGGUUCAUGUUGCCUGCUAAAGAAAGUGACAUUUUGGUGUACAGUGAGUUUGAAGAUUCAUCCUACGUGGACGAUGUGACUUACCAAACUUAUGGUACGGUGGAUGGAUCAGUGGAUGGAAACUCCAAAGUCCCAUACACAGGCAUAGGUUUAUCUCGAAAUGCUUCACCCACAGAAACACAGAUAGUGUUUGAUAACAGUGAUCGGAUAGUAAUACGCAAUGGACAACCAAAUAUAGCAACUAUCCAUUCACCGUCUACAAAAGAAGCAAUCCACAGUGCACUAGAAACGUCCGUAGACGAUCCGGCAAGAUCAAAACUAAGAGGAAUUGUUCUUCUUAUCGCUUUGUCCCUUCACAUGAUCUUUGACGGCCUUGCUUUAGGAUUACUGGACAAGGAAUCGAAAGUUUGGCAGCUUCUUGCAGCUCUUGCCUUACACAAAUGUCUGGUAUUCUUCACAAUAGGGCUUCAGUCCUUGGAGAUACUUGCCUCAGUGAAGAAAGCCAUACUCGUCGUAGCUGCAUUAGCUCUAGUUAGUCCUGUUGGUGUUCUGAUAGGGGAGUUUAUCAACAACGCUGGAGAAGAAGUAAGCCGAGACACGGCUUCUGCUAUCCUUCAAGGCAUUGCUACAGGAACAUUUCUGUUUGUGACAUUCUUCGAAAUCCUACAGAGGGAACUGGGGUCACAUGAUCCAGACUUGAUGAAAAUUGUGAUGACAGUGUUGGGUUUUAUUCUUAUAGCGCUUAUAAGAUUGCUGGAACAUGAAGACCACGAUUAGCUUGUUAUUCCUUUUUUGUGGUUCGAUCAAUUGAAAUGACAAAAACGUACUAUAGAAUAUAUAAGUUUAUACGUUUUCCGGUAAAGCACCAAUUGGAAGACUGUUGAUAGUCAUAUUACUGGAAUUAACAAUGGACAUGGUUAUAUAUACAAUCGAACCUCAUUGGCUCGAACUCCCAUGGACCGGCUAAAAUACCUCGAGCCACGAAUUGUUCGAGCCAAGCGGGAAUGAUUACUUUCAGUUGAAUGAAAUCUGUUCUUUACAUCCAGUUCGAGCCAACGAAGAAUUCGAGCCAAGCGAGUUCGAGCCAACGGGGUUCGACCGUUAUAAGGCAUGCGAAGACUAAUUGAAAGACCUUGGAUAUGAAGAACUUUGUGAAACUUAACAAUAUUAAUAUCAUCAUCGUUGUCAACUUUCAAAUCGGUACUGCACUAUUACUAUAAUGACACACUUGUGAUAUACAAAAAAUAUUUGAAACAACUGUUUAGAUUGAAUGAGGUGAUGUUUGAAUACUUGAUCACAUCAUCAACUAUAUCACGUUUAGAAGUUAACAACGAUGAAGUUUAUCACGUUGCUAACAACACAAUCGGUCCAAUUUAUUAUUUUUACUCUCAUCUUCUUGAUAUAUACGCAUAUCAGAACAUUAUAAUGCACGUAGUUAUGUAACAACUGUAACUGCCGUCGUGUUACGCUGUGUUUUGUUGAAUGUCUCGUUGGGCCUUUGAACAAGUUCAUUAUUAAACAUUUUGCUGCU